UCUACACAGUUUCCAUCGAGAUCAGACCGACCACAAUCCACACAGCUGCUGUAGCCGCUACCACCAGUUGGUAUCAGAUAUCAGCACGCGACAUUGGAAAGCGUUGCUAGCGCACGUGUUCAUAAGCAUAUACAGAGGUUGAUAUAUUUAUGAAGUUUAGACGUGUACUGAAGCAUAACGGCCUCAAAAUGAUGCCGAGAAACUCAUCGCCAAUCAUCGAAAAAGAAGUUCUGUGUACUUAUCAGAUAAAACUAGAACGAGUACUAGGAGUGACAGUAUCCAGUAACGCAGCUUUAACAUGUGAUAACAAUGGACUCAUUGCAUAUCCUGCAGGGUGCACCGUAGUUCUUUUUAACACUCGAACUGAACAACAAAGUCACAUAAUCAACACAAGUAGAAAAACAAUAACAUCACUAGCAUUUUCUUCCUGCGGCAGAUACAUCGUUACAGGAGAAUGUGGUCACCAGCCAGCAGUGCGCGUAUGGGAUCUACAGUCAGACCCGCAAUCGGGACACCCCGGUUUAGCCCCACAACCUCAACAGGUUGCGGAGUUUGUGGGGCACAAGUUUGGAGUCAACUGUGUGGCAUUUUCUCCCACGACUAAGUACGUAGUGUCGGUCGGUACCCAACAUGACAUGAUCGUGAACGUGUGGGACUGGAAGAACAACAUCAAAGUGGCCAGCAACAAAGUCAGUACAAAAAUAAAAUCCAUAGCGUUCUCCGAGAACGGCAGUUACUUCGUCACUGUUGGUAACAGGCAUGUCAAGUUCUGGUUUUUGGAACAUGGGAAAGCAAAGUACAAAGAGGCAGUUCCCCUGAUGGGCCGAUCGGCCAUAUUGGGUGAACAGAGGAAUAACUAUUUCUGUGAUGUAGCAUGUGGUAAGGCGGCGUGCGGCGACAGCACUUAUGCCAUUACUAGGUCGGGCUUACUCUGUGAAUUUAAUAAUAGGAGACUUUUAGAUAAGUGGGUAGAAUUAAGGACAACAAGUGCCAACUGUAUAACUGUAGGUGAGAAAUAUAUAUUUGUGGGAUGUGCGGAAGGAAUCGUUAGGUGUUUCGACCCAGCCACGCUUAGGUUCAUCACUACGCUUCCUAGAAACCAUUACUUAGGCGUAGAUGUUAGCUUGGGAACUAGCAUACAACACAUGGCCACACCACCUCCUGAUGCCAAAUAUCCUGAUACAAUAGCCAUAACGUUCGAUGAAACUAAUAAUAAACUAACUUCGAUUUACAAUGAUCACUCAAUUUAUGUUUGGGAUGUGUUCAACAUUCAGAGGGUUGGUAAAUCCUUCUCUUUCCUCUACCACUCCGCUUGUAUUUGGGGUGUGGAAAUGGCUCCCCCAAACAGUCCACUGCCUCCUGGAAGCUUUCUGACAUGCAGCUCCGAUGACACAAUUAGGGUAUGGACGUUGGAUAAGAUGAACGAAAAUAAUGCUAGGGGCAUGUACCAACCAAAUAUUUAUAGCAAUGAACUGCUGAAAGUAGUGUAUAUAGACAAAGACAUGUCAUAUAUAAAAGAUCUGGAUAUAUCGGGCACAACAGAUAAGCAAGAAAAUAGUUCAUACGAUGGCAGAAAUGGUGUAAGAUGCAUACGGGUUAGUCCUGAUGGAAAACAUUUAGCGUCAGGAGAUAGGUCUGGUAAUAUUCGCAUUCACGACACCUCAACAAUGAGGGAACUAUGCAAAAUAGAAGCACACGAUGCUGAAGUUCUUUGUCUGGAGUAUUCUGACAGCAAUUUGGGUUUGAUGGCAUCAGCGUCCAGAGACAGACUGUUGCAUGUGUUUGAUACCAAGAACGGUUACGAUUUCCAGCAGACUUUAGAUGACCACUCGUCUUCCAUAACAGCUGUUAGGUUUCUGACUCAUGCUGGAAAUACGCAGAUGGUGUCGUGUGGGGCAGAUAAAAGCUUGAUAUUCAGGACUUUGGGAGAUGGAGCGGGAAAACCCCAAUUCACGAGAGCUCACAAUGCUACAGGAAAAACGACGCUGUAUGACAUGGAAGUGGAUACGGGCCAGAAACAUGUUCUUACUGCCUGUCAAGAUAGAAAUGUAAGGAUAUACAGUGUUAAUACUGGCAAACACACGAAGAGUUUCAAAGGUAGUACUGGUGAUGAUGGAACGUUAAUUAAGGUUGUGCUGGACAGAUCUGGGAUAUACCUCGCAACUUCUUGUACAGACAAGUCUUUGUCGGUAUAUGAUUACUACUCGGGUGAAUGUAUGGCAACGAUGUGCGGGCACUCGGAACUGGCGACAGGGUUAAGAUUUACGAACGAUUGUCGGAGGUUGAUUUCUGCAAGUGGUGACGGUUGCAUCUUCGUCUGGCGGGUUCCGCAUGAUAUGGUGGUCACAAUGCACGCUCGUCUCAGUCAGCAAGCGAUGAGGCAGGGAAAACGGGUGGAAAAUGAAGUUUUCAGCGAUAGCAGCACCUUCGAUUUUUACGAGGGUACUAAUACACUCGAUGUCAACUAUAGGUUCAGUAUAGGUCAGCUUCCUCAGUGGGCAAAAAAACAGUUGACGGAAGAUGCUAGUCAGCCUCCGAGCUUCGCAAAGGGCGUUGCAGUCCCUAAAGGACGGUGGGCGCAAAGGGCAGAAAAUGCCAUGGGGGUCAAAUCAUUCUACUCCACUAAUCCAUAUCCAUUUCCACCUCCAGGAGGAAUCAAAAAGCUACAUUGGCUCCUUAAACCUAGGAAUAGAAGAUUUGACUCUGACGGUGGCUCCAAAGACAGCUCGCUGGACAGCGGUACGGAAAUAAAAAAUUAUCAGGAAUCACGGAAGGAGAUUUCUGUAACAAAGGUCACGAGGAUUGAAAGCAGGAGAGGAAUAAUGACUGAUGACAGUGCUAUAGGGGAUGUUGAGUCUACGGCUCAUGAUGGGGAUAUUGAUUCUGAUAUGGAGUAUAGGCACAGGCCAAUAUACUAUCCCACACAGUCUGGAACGCAGAGUGGGAGUGAAUUCACCGUGACCAACAUCGACGCCGAGGAGCUACGCAAGUCCCAAAGAAAGAAGAAACCACCGAAAAUCCUGGUCCAACAAGCCACGUCAUCAACGUACGGCAGCAAUGACUCUGACGAUGAUGAUGACGAUGCAUCGACGCCGAGCGGUGAAAACACAGAUAGGAAUCCGAUGUCGUUGUUUUCGAUCAGCUCGGAGUCGUUGGAUCAGCUUGUCAGUAGGGAAAGGUAUUUGCAGUCUACAUUUGAGAGCAUGUCGGGGAUGGAGAAUGAAGUCAGGACGCCCAGUCACAAAAAGAUAAAAAUCUUCGAGAAGCCAAAGCCGAACAAAUCGUCCAUUUCAUCGAAGUUCCUGACGAGGUCCGGUGAACGAAACGUAGAAGCCAUUAACGCCGUGAAACAGACCAAGAGUGAUCCAGAUGCCAUUAAGAAAAGGCAGGAGUUGAAUAAGAGGAUAGCGGAAACCAAAAAGAAGUUAGAAAGUGUGGGACACUCUAGUCCCCUGAAAUACAGCCAGUCCAUCCACGACCUGUCCCACAUCCCUGAGCGUGACCGUUGGUCCAAAAAGCAAGAUGCAUGAUGGCCAUCCAAGGGUGAGAAGGCGACGAGAUGAAAGACGAUAUUCUCAAUUUUCUAUGGAAACGCAUCUGCGCUGUUGGAAUUAUGGUAUCGGAGGCUAUUGCUGAUAGAAGCAUGUCACCUUUGGUGUUCAUCAGAGGCAACAUGACCGCCGUCCGUUAUAUUCAGGAGUGUAUAUGGAAGAAAGUUCCCCUGAUAGCAGUUUGCGUAGGUCAUGCAGCUUGAGCGAUUUGAGCAUGCAGAUGCCUGUAAAUCCCAAAAGAAAGGUGGAGCAAGUUUCAGGGAAGAAAAAUAAUGCCAUAUCGAGAAGCAAUUCGCGAUACAACAAAAAUAAUUCCAUAACCAGGAGUAGGUCCAGCACAGUACUAAAUCAGUCCGAUUCGGAUCAGGAGAGCGCAGAAAAAAAGAUCAACAGGCUAAUGAGACCUACUAUUAGCUCACACAACAAAAUGAGCAAUAAAACACUACAAAACAGGAAGAAACAUUCAUACUCCACUAGUAACAUAAACACCAUUGGUACAACUGAAAACAUAUCAACGUCAGACGAAGAAUCACCUACUGCUCCGCCUAGAACUAGAAAUUACGACCAUGGUCCACCCGCCAUCGCACCACGAAGACAUCUCAACAAUAAAGAAAAAAAUAGAGCAUAUCGGCAUACCAUACAUUUCGAUGACACACUAACAAAUGAGGACUUCGAGUCACACGAGAGCUCUUCAUCAGUAGAGUUAUCAAAUCAACUGUGUGAUGACCUAGUGGACCAGCUCACUACAACAGCAGAGAAGGUAGUCAAACUCUACGAUCGCCUCAAUGAUGAUGAGGAACGUACCGACUCACAGAUGGAUCGUAUAGACAAAGUAAAAAUGUCCAUGAUCCGAACACAUAAGAUACUCCAUGACUGCAUCUUUAAGGAGCUCAAGCAGAACCACGGAGAUAACAUCUAACAGAUUAGGCUAAGCCAUACUUAAGACAGCACUAGCUAGCUGCAAUUAAACGUACCCAUUGUCAGAACCAUCAAAUGAAUGAUCAAUUGGUAUCCUAUCAAUGUGAACUCCCCAAGACUGGCCUGCUUAGCAAAGUUACGUAUGUCUUUGAGUCUCGUCUCUUUAACAGCCAGAGGAUCCAACAUAAUGGACUCCAGUAUAGUCUGUGUGUAGACCAGGAGUGGACGUGAAUCAGACUGACACAGUGAAAAAACUGAAUGAUUUGGUAUCUAAAGGCGCCAGUGGUCCGAACUCAGUGAUAAACAUCAUGGAGCAAUAUUCAGACAUAUUGCUGGACAUGGUGCAACAGAAAAUACACAAUUCCAAUAUUUGACAUCCGCUCAGUGUCAACUUUGAGUUGAACUGUUGAAAAACAUUAUGCGAUUAUAUACGGUUUGCUACAGUUUUGAUUACUUCUAAAUUAAUCCACAACUCUCUAUUCUUGCUCAUGAAGAUUGAAGAAAUUUAAAGCAUCAAUAAUAUUUCCAUAUUUUAAGUGUGGUUAAUUUAGUAUUAGGUAGUAAAUUGUAGCAAAUCCACUACAAAGUGGAAGUUUUGAGUGAAAGUCGGAGUGACGUGCGUCCCAAUAGUAAACAUCAGAAAUAGAAUGCCACUCAGUCUGAGCUCUUAUACUGUGAUUCUUUCAAGACAUUUUAUCCCUUGCUAUUUAUAUGUGCAAUUCACACAAAUUAUUAUGUACUUACUACAUGUUAGCCGUUAUACAAGUUACAUUAGAACAGGGUGUUUUAGCACACUGCUUCAGAGAAAAGGGGGUAAGUUUGUCUGCAGGCUAUCUCACCAUCAUCAUGUAGGGUGUAGGUUACAUAGAUAAUGAACGAUCAUAGUGUGUACUUUUUGUUAUUUGGAAAAUUGGUCUGCUGAUAAGUGCUAUCAAUCCUUUAUAUUGUUAAAGUGUGGCAUGACCCUGUACUUAGACUGACAAAAUUAAAAUGAUACUUUGACAAUUUUGCUUUAGCCGCUGUAAGUCUAUACCUUUAGUUGGAUUCUCAGAACCACUGUUGUUAGUUACACCUUCAGAAAUCAAUCACAAAUAUUAUAAUGUCUGUUAGAUGCUGUCAGUGAACGAAGUGUACAAUGUGAAGCUCAAUUACUUGCUGUUUUUGGGCUUAUUGGCCGUAAGUGGUUUUAACACCCUAUAAUAUCACAUGUUAUAAAGCUAAUUGGACAAGUAUCGUUUUGAUUUUGAAAUUUCACCAGAAGUGACCAUAAUAAUUUGUAUGCGAGUUAACAGAUUAUUAUUUAUAAAAGCCAUCGAUUUUAUGUAUUAUAUUUUUUUAUCAGUGUCAAGUGAUGUAGCUUUCUUUUAUUUACAAAGCAUUGUUAAGUAUGGUUUGUUAAAAAAUUAGUAGCAAAUUGGAUAAUAGUAGAUAGACAGAUAUUUGAUAUCACUGUUGCCAGCCACACAAAUACAAUCAGAUGACCAUUUUAAAUUCUAAAUUCAUAGACUUCUAACGAUUUGAUGUCUUACAAUGCAUUUUUUACUCAGUUGAUUCUCGUCAUGCUUAUAUAAGUGCUAAUGUUAAAAGUGAUUACAAAUCCCGAACUAAUAUAACUGACAAGAUAUCAUCACUGAAUAUUUAUAUCAAAAUAAUUAUCCUGCAAUUUGUUCACAUUAUGAAAAACGACACUGUAUUUUUCUUUUUUUAGUAAAAACAACAUAUUUAGAGCUUAGAACUGCUGCUUUUACAUUUUUUCUUAAAUCAUUUUAUACAACAAAGGAAUUCGUUCAAUACCUGAAAACACAACGCGCGUGAUUGGCGAGAUGGUGUUGCUAUUUAUUUGCUCUGCACUUGUUAAGUGGCUAGCAAAUAUACAGCAUUCAAAUAUUAUUCCGAUAUCUGAUCUAUAGGAAUGUUUAUUAUUUUUGUAAAUUUCAAUUUUUGAAUACGUGUGGUUCAUGCUACUAAUUUUAAAUGUAUGUUAUGUAAAAAAAAACAUUCCAUGAUAGUCGGCUGUUUCCGUAAUAAAUGUACUGAAAGGGCAGUAUCGCCAAAUCUACGAAAUUUGUUGUGGUAUGUCAUCCAUGUGUUAUACCAAAUUAGGCUAAUUUUAGAAACAAUUAUCGGAAUUUUACAAGGAAUUUUUAUCGCGGAAUUGUGGCGCUUCCUUUAUUUGACCUUUAUAGUAGUCCUGGAAUUAUGCAAAAAUAUUUACUCCUUAUAAAACAUGCUGGAUAUUAACAGGGAUUUCUAUAUGUUUGCUCUUUUUCAAUAAACGAGAACAUACUUGGAGGAAUGCAAUAGUUGUCAACGUCAAUCUGUCAAAAUAUUUUGCAAAUCAGCAGCUAAUAAAUUUGAAGUUGCAACUAUUUUUUGAAGUAUCUUCACCUUUGAACUGUCGUCAUUUUUUAUAAUAUUUAUACUAAACUGAAGUUAAUUUCCAGCAUUUUAUUCUGUCCAUUACUACCGUCUUUAAUGUUUGCAACAAUUCCAGAGAAACUUUAUAGUGUAUUUUACUAAUUAUCUUUCCUGUGUAACUGAAAUAUCCUAAUGCGUCUAGUAUUUGUAUAAUAAUUAUGUUAAAUAUGCUAACAACUUGACAAUGUGAAUUGUUUCUGUGUAUAGUGUAUGUUAUUUAAUGUUAACUUUUUUAAUUUUUUUUAGCAUAUGAAACCGUCAAUUUUAUGAUAAGCUCAUCAUUAUGGUAAACUAAAGAUUCGUAACCAUCAGACUGUAUUAAUAAUUGUAAUUUCCUAAUAAAUAAUUACAAAAC